AUGCGAGCCUGGUACUCGCCCGAUAUUCCACUCCCUAUCGCUUGGCUGGCCUUCGUAAAGGCCCUGGUGCGCAACUUCAACGUACUACGCCCUUUGGACAACGUAGUCGUCAUGGACGCUUCAAGGACACCUCCCGGGGUAGUAUCAGCCUCUAUCCACGUUUUUCGCGGCGAAAACGGCGGCGAUUGGGUCUUGACCAUCACGGUCGACGACGACGACGACGACGACGACGACUUGGUGUCUCGACGUGGGUUUGGGCACCAGGUAGUGCCGUUUAACGCGGUGACUUACGCGGAAAUCGAGCCUUUCGAUGUACUCAUUGCGUAUCUCGUCUGCCUGCUCUUCUUGUAG